UGUGCGGGCGUGGGUUCUUGGGACAUGGGCUCUGAGGGGAGCAGCAGCACCAGCAGCAGCAGCAGGAGGACAACACAGAUCCACUCAAGCACGCAACGCGUAGCAUCCCUCCUUCUCUCUCUCCUCUCUCCUCUCUCUCUCUCUCUCCUCUCUCUCGCUCGCUCGCCAGUUCGGAUCGAGUCGUUUCCUCGUCCAUUUCGACGCCCAUAAACUCGCAUUCAAUCCCUUUACUCCGCUUCCGUUUCCCUUUCGAAUUUCGUCCUCAAGCUCCUCCCUUUUUGCCUUUUUGUAACUCCCUCUCUUCUUCAGCCGGCUCUGCUCCGCUCCGCUCCUUCUAGAGCCGUGAUCUUGCGCCCCAGCACCCACUACAGCUCCCUCGGUAAUCCCGCUUGCCCACCAGCCGAACUCACCUUCUCGUUGGUGUCUCCCUCUGUUCAGCCCGCAAAAGUUCCUCGCUUUUUCCCUCCUCUCUCUCUCUCUCUCUCUCUCUCUUCGUUCUGGGGAUCGGAUUCGUCGGCUUUUGUUGUGUUUUCGGAGGUGGUAGAAUUCCUUGCUUGUUAGAGUUGGUGGGUGUUCCGCGUCGAUCUUGGGGUCGUUUCUCGGGAACCCUUCUAGAAAGGCUACGCCUUUCGCGGAAGCUGGCGUAGCUGUCUUCUUUUCGAGGGUUUGUGGGCCGCAUUUCCAAAUUUCCGGUCCUGGGUAUCGCCGCCCGCGCGACAUGACCACGUGGGGAGCUUCGAAGUUUGUUCCUGCGAGUACCCAUCUUCCGAUUUCGUGGAGGAAUUGCGGGGAAAGGCGACUCUGAAUCCGAAGCUUUGUGCUCCGUUCUUUCGGGAACUUCUAUCGAACAGGUGUCCUGCUGUUGAGAGCUUCUUGCUUUUGGUCUUCCUGAAGGGUCGGCCUUUCUUCCGUCAUGGGUUGUGCACAUGGGAAGUGUUGUGGGCACCGCUUAGAGUCUUCGGCCUGUGAUUCUGAGGAGUUUCAGGAGGUGGGUCAAUUCAGUGUCCAUGGAAAACGUGUACUCACCGAGAGGUCGAUAGAGUGUGCGCCUGUUCCUUCACACAAAUUUCGUUUGGAGUACUCUGUUUUGACGCAGCGUGGUUACUACCCCGAUUCCCCUGACAAGGAAAACCAAGAUAGCUUUUCCAUUCGGACCCAAGUUCAAGGUAACCCAAAUCUCCAUUUCUUUGGUGUGUUUGAUGGGCAUGGUCAACUUGGUACCCAGUGUUCCAAUUUCGUUAGGGACAGAUUGGUGGAUAUCUUAGCAGAUAACCCUAGACUGUUGGAUGAUCCCUUUAACGAAUACAGUUCGGCGUUUGUAAGGACAAAUCAUGAGUUGCAUGAUAGCGAGAUAGACGACACGAUGAGUGGUACUACGGCUAUUACAGUUCUCGUGGUUGGGGAUAAGCUUCUUGUUGCAAAUGUGGGUGAUUCGAGGGCAGUGAUCGCACAUAAAGUCGGUAACAGGAUUAUAGCUGAGGAUUUGUCCUCUGAUCAAACCCCCUUUAGGCGAGAUGAGUGUGAGAGAGUGAAGCUUUGUGGAGCUAGGGUUCUGAGCGUAGAUCAAGUGGAAGGGCUAAAGGAUCCAGAUAUACAGGCAUGGGGUGAUGAAGAGAGUGAAGGCAGCGAUCCUCCGAGGCUGUGGGUUCAGAAUGGAAUGUAUCCUGGCACAGCAUUCACGAGGAGUAUAGGAGAUAGUACCGCUGAGAGAAUUGGUGUGAUUGCCGAUCCUGAAGUGUCUAUGGUUCAGCUUACACCUGAUCAUGUGUUCUUCAUUGUUGCAAGUGAUGGAGUUUUUGAGUUUCUCUCUAGCCAAGCCGUUGUCAAUAUGGUGGCAAGUUAUCCUGAUCCUAGAGAUGCAUGUGCUGCCAUUGCUGGAGAAUCAUAUAAACGGUGGUUGGAGCAUGAAAACCGAACAGAUGAUAUAACAAUCAUUAUUGUACAUUUUAAAGACUUGGGCAAUGCAGGUGCCAAUGCUGCAAGGACAGCAUCCUUAAGAACGGGAAGAGGAAGCUCCAACUCAUCCUUUACUACUGCAUCAGAAAUGUAUAGAUCGAUGAGGAGUGAGAUUUCUGAUUUUGAGACUUACCAGCGCACUGUUUCUAACAACCGAAGUCCAGCAAUUGUUGUUCCAUCUCCAUCACGGUCACCACAGUCGUAGCUUUUGUAAAAGGACAUCCUUAAAGAUGCAUCAUAUCCUGAGAUAGAAUGACAUGUAGACAUGCGGAUUGUUAACCAACUGAUGGCUCAAAAAGAGAUUUGACUGCAUUUAGAAACUUCAUUUGGUAGCAGUUGGAAGGCCAAGGCUAUGUCAGACUUUUGCCAAUAAAUCCGUUGCUGAUUGAAUCCUGCACGGUUGCAUGUCCAAAAUGUAAAGAGGUAGUUGAGAAAUAAGAACAGAAGCCUGAUUUUAGUUAGCUUGUGGCGAAAUAGGGCUGUGAAUUGUAAGGUGAUGGCAGUGAGAAAUGUUAUGCGUAGCAGUACAGCCGAAAGUUCUCUGACCUUACCGUGGCCAGAACUGUUGGCGAUGGGUCUAACGUGAUGUUGCUCGCGGAGAAGAGAUGGGACGAGAACUGAGAAUGCACUGUCUGGUUGCUGAGGAACUAACCACCUGUUUAUAAUCAAUCGCCUUUCUCCCUUUGGCAGAGCUUUGGCUUUUGUUCUGUUGGAUGAGAAGCAAGGUUACACCCUUGGGUUGCUAUUCCAUCUAGUUGACUGUUGACAGGAAUCUUUAGUCGCGUUGGUUUUAAGAUGGAAACUCAAGCAAGCGAAUGGGGUGGAGGUCGAGGAUUAAUGUUAGAAAAUUCUCUUUGACUACGGAAUAUGCGAAUCAUUUUAUUCCAGUUUUGAUAUUUGAUACAUGACUAGUUGAUUGAUUUA